UCGCCGGCGGGGGGAAGAGGGCCGCCGGUGGCAAGAUGGCCGCCGGGGGCGGGGACAAGAUGGCCGCCGGUGAUGGUGGCAAGAUGGCUGCCGGUGACGGUGGCAAGAUGGCCGCUGGGGACGGGGACAAGAUGGCCGCCAGUGAUGGUGGCAAUAUGGCCGCCGGGGGCGGAGACAAGAUGGCCGCCGGUGAUGGUGGCAAUAUGGCCGCCGGGGGCGGGGACAAGAUGGCCGCCAGUGAUGGUGGCAAUAUGGCUGCCGGGGGCGGGGACAAGAUGGCCGCCGGGCGCCAGGGGCGCAAGGACGGGACCAAGGGCCCAAUCAAGGGCCCGUCGGGGCGGGGCCACCCCCUGCAGGGGCCCGGGUGGCUCCUCCCCUUCCUGUUGUUGCCCCUCCUCCGUUAGGGCGGGGCCUCCUUGUCCCCUCCCCUCUUAGGGCGGGGCCUCCUUGUCCCCUCCCCCCCAAAAUAGGGGGGGGUCAAUAAAAAGGGUUUUGGUGGAA